AGGCGGGCCCUGACGGGCCAGCGCCUGGGCCACCCCCGCGACCGAUGAGGCGCUGCGCUGCCGCGCGUGCCCGCGGCGCGUCGGCUCUGGCGCACGGGAGGGCCGCCGUGGCGCGGACCACGGCGAUGGCCGCCGCCUCGCGGGCGCGGCAGUGGCAGGUGUCGCUGGACAUGUUCGAGGCACUCCGCGGCGAUGCGCCCGAGGGCGUGGACACGUUCGCGUACUGCGCCGCCGUGGCGGCCUGCGAAAGGGGCCAACGGUGGGAAGCCGCACUCGCGUUGCUCAGCGGCAUGCGGCGGCUCGGCUUGCAGCCCGUCGUGGUCGCCUGGAACACCGUGCUCAGCGCGUGCGCUGGUGGCAGCCAGUGGCCGCGUGCUCUGGAGCUCUUCUCGCGAGGCGAGGCGCAGCAUGGUGCGGGCCAGCACUGUCACCUUCAAUGCGGCUAUCACCGCGUGCGGCAGGGGCAGGCAGUGGAAGCGCGCGGGCCGGCUGCUCGCGUCCAUGCGCAGGGAGGUGGUGCGCGCGGACACCAUCUCUUAUAACGCCACCGUCAGCGCGUGCGAGAAGGGGCACGAGUGGCCACACGCCUUGUGGCUGCUCUCGGAGGCGCUGGAGCAUCAGGUGCGUCCCAACACCAUCACCUGCAGCGCUGCCGCCAGCGCCUGCGAGAAGGGCCAGCACUGGCAGGGGGCUGUGGCGUUGCUGAGCACUGCUCGGCAGUUGCGGGUGCCACCGAGCUUGAUCACGUACAACGCCACGAUCAGCGCAUGCGAAAAGGGCAGCCAGUGGCAGAUGUCUCUGAGCUUGCUGGAAGAGGUGCGGCGGCACCAGGCCACGCCAGGGACUGUGACCUACAACGCCACGAUCAGCGCUUGCGAGGGCAGUCAUCAAUGGCGAUUGGCGUUGGCCCUUUUCGGCGAGGCGUUGUCUGGCGGCCUGCGGCCAAGCGUCGUCUCUUUUGGCGCGGCCGUGAGCGCUUGCGAGAAGGGCGCGCAGUGGCCUCUAGCGCUGGCGCUGCUGGACGACAUGCAGAGCGCCACGGUCACCGCCGACGUCGUCGUGCACAACGCGGCGAUCCUGGCGUGCGCGCACGCCAGGCGGACGGACCUGAUGCUCGCGUUGCUCGACGACAUGGCGACCGCGGGCCUCACGCCAGACGGCCAGUGCUGCAGCAGGCUGCUCUCAGAGCUGGAGGGCAUGGGCGGCCCGGGCCCCCCGCGGCCGCGCGCCGCGCUGCUGCGCGCCGUGGGCCGCGGCUCCGACGCCCG